AGUUUGGGGGCAGGGGGGCAACGGCCCCAAGAAAUCUCUCCGGCGAUGGGAGCCACCCGCCUGCUGCCCAACCUCACUCUGUGCCUGCAGCUACUGAUUCUCUGCUGUCAAACUCAGGGGGAGAAUCACCCGUCUCCUAAUUUUAACCAGUACGUGAGGGACCAGGGCGCCAUGACCGACCAGCUGAGCCGGCGGCAGAUCCGCGAGUACCAGCUCUACAGCCGGACCAGUGGCAAGCACGUGCAGGUCACCGGGCGUCGCAUCUCUGCCACCGCGGAGGACGGCAACAAGUUCGCCAAACUCAUAGUGGAGACGGACACCUUUGGAAGCCGUGUGCGCAUCAAGGGUGCUGAGAGUGAGAAAUACAUCUGCAUGAACAAGAGGGGCAAGCUCAUUGGAAAGCCCAGCGGGAAGAGCAAAGACUGUGUGUUCACGGAGAUUGUGCUGGAGAACAACUACACGGCCUUCCAGAAUGCCCGGCACGAGGGAUGGUUCAUGGCCUUCACGAGGCAGGGUCGGCCCCGCCAGGCUUCUCGCAGCCGCCAGAACCAACGAGAGGCUCACUUCAUCAAGCGCCUCUACCAGGGCCAGCUGCCCUUCCCCAACCACGCAGAGAGGCAGAAGCAGUUCGAGUUCGUGGGCUCAGCCCCCACCCGCCGGACCAAGCGCACACGGAGGCCACAGCCCCUGACGUAGUGGGGGACACUGGGGGCAGCCGCCCCUCACCAGCCUUCCCAUCCCCUUCCCUU